GAGAGCUUGAUGAACGAUUAAAUAAAAGAAAGAUAAUUUGUCUAGUCUUGUUUUUUCUUUGUUCAAGGCCUUUCGCUUUCAGUCUAUUUUUCUCAUCUGUUUUCCGUUCUCAAUGUUUUAUGUACAGACUUUUAUUAAUUGUGCUUCAUUCUUGUAAUUAAAUUGCAUUCAUCUCCCUCCUAAACAAUAUUUUUGGUCAACAUUAACAGCUGACCAACAAAACCUACAAUUUAAAAAGGUAUCGAGCAAGAUAUUUAAUCAAGAAUGGCUAAAACCAACAAACGAAGCAAGCCCAAAACUACAUCCACUUUAGUAUCUUCAAAUCAGAUUAUUUUGGUUCUGAUUGCUGUAAUAUUUUUUUACAUAUCGAUUGAUCAAAGAAUAGGAUAUCGAGUAAAAGAACAAAAUUUAUUUGACUCUUUUGAUGGGCCAUUUGCUGAAAAUAAUGAUUUAUUUGAGGCGGAAAAAAUCUUCGUUGGAAUACUUCCCGGCCCUGAAAGCCUAGCAAGAUACAAAGAUAAACUUUACACUGGAACAGCUGAUGGACGCAUAAUAAGGAUCGAAGGUUCAGACAAACUAUCCACUGUAGUUCAAUUUGGCCCUGAUUCUUGUAACGGACAACUAAAUAAUGCAACUUGUGGACGACCUUUAGGUGUUAGAGUAACAUCAUCAGGAGAUUUAUACACUGUCGAUACUUUUAAUGGAUUGGUUAAAGUAGUCAACAUUGAUGGCAAAGAUAAACCUAAAACUAAACUGUUAUAUGACACACAUCAACCUGUUAACGGCAACAGAAGCAUGUUCCUAGAUGACUUAGUGGUCGAUGAAAAACCAGACGGUAAUUUCAUUUACAUGACUGAUGGAAGUAUAAUAUGGAAUCUACACCACGUUAUUCAUUUGGUUAUGAGCUUGGAUGACUCUGGAAGAAUUUUAAGAUACACUGAAUCAACUGGUAAAGUUGAUGUUGUUGUGGAUAAUUUAGCUUUCCCUAAUGGAAUCGAGUUGACUGAUGCCAAAGACGCACUAUUGAUUGGUGAAUUCUGUAAUCAUAGAAUACUAAAGCAUUAUUUAACCGGACCCAAGAAAGGAACCACCGAAGUAGUCAUAAAUUUACCCGGUGAACCAGAUAACAUAAGGAGAUCUUCUCGGACUGACAAGGAAACAUAUUGGAUUGCCAUAAGUGCUCCUAGAACGAAAAGUACACCAAUAUCUUAUGACUUCUACACAGAUAAGCCUAAAAUGAGAAUGUUCAUUUUAACAAGUUAUCGCAUGAUUGGUUCUACACUCAAAUUCAUCGGGAAAAUGAUUAACAAUAAAGGAUUGAUUGAAAAGGGAGAGUCUUUACGUCAACUUUUGUCUUUUUGGGAAACACACAUUCGUUCAAUGGCCCUUGAAAUUGAUGCCGCUGGAAAUGUACUCAAUUGUCUUCAUUCCAAUGAUGGUUAUAUCCAUUCACUUUCUGAAAUCAAUGAUGUUAUCAAGGAAAAUGGAGAACGAAUUCUCUACAUUGGUUCUUACGCUAACAAUUUUCUCGGUCAACUUGUUUUGAAAGCUCCAUGAUUUGAAUUUUUGUAUGAUUUCUGCAUAAGAUUAUACUUUGCUCUACAAUUUACGUAGCAUGUAAAGAAUAGAUCUUAACUUAUACUCAAAUAAAACCAAAAAAUCACAAUUUACUA